ACCACACCCAUUCACUUUAACCAUAUUGCUAUCGAAAGAUCGAAAGGUGGAAUUUUACACGUACAGAUAAAUUAACCCAUUCUCGACUGUUCAAGACUGGGAUCUCUGCGAUCAGCUAGUGCUUCCAUCAAUCCCUGGUUUUCGUUUUUUUGACGGAUCUUCUAGGAUCAACAUACCAAAAUGUGGACCAUAAUUAUGAGGAAGGACAUUAUGGCAUAUGGUGUUGUGCCCAAUUGUUGGCUGCUCAAUGAAUACGAAUGUGCCUACCCCGAUGUAGGACUAGCAAAAACAAAAAAAAAUGGCACAGGAGUGCGUCCAACCACAAAAUGAUUGGGACACAGUUCCAAUAGAAUUGACGACGAGAGAUGUUGACAAUUAUGAAUGUGGCCUAAAGGAUAUCAUCAGACUCUCUUUAGGGAAGUCGACUGUGACUUCAUCCGAGAAUGAGGAGAGGGGAAGAGGAAAAAGAAAAUCCCGACCAAAUCACCGCUUGAAUUUUGAAAGCCACUGUGUGAAGGAAUGUAAUUCGUCUGAGGGUGAUUGCGAGGAUGGGGAGCCAUCUCCAAUUGCAGAUGCUAAUAAAACGAAGGUGUUGCCAACUCUCCCAGUUUUAACGCCACUAUUAAAAAAGCCGAGGAAGGAGAAUGAUGUAAAAAGUCCGGCAGCUCCUACCCAUUGCCAAAUAAAAACUAAAAAACAUUCUUGUCCCUUCGAUUUUGAGGGGGUCAAUUUUGACCAUGCUUUGGGGCAUGCUUUCUGCUCUUUAUCACGUGACAUUAGCAAAAUCAAUGCAAAUUUAUCUCAUCUGAGGGAAUGCCAAGAUGAAUUGCAAAAGUCUGUUGAUUUAUUAAUGACUAAAAAUUGUAAUGGGGCUGAAAAUGCAGACCCCAAUAUUGCUGUGGCACACUUUCCGCAAGCAAUAAUUAUUGAAGAUCUCCCUAUUGCGUCCCUUGACAAAUUGAUCAAAUUUGAAAAAAAAACUCCUGGACAGGGAGUUCAUGACCAGAUGUGUUUCCUAUGCAGCAUCAUCUGCUGAUAAAACCACCGAGAGCAGGACCGUAACUAGCAUCAUGGCGAAGCUUGUCAACAUUGAAGUGGCAGUGAAUUUCUCGUGGAAGGGGGUCCAAAGGAAGGACCAGAAACUAGAAAAAAGACCCUUCAAGGACCUCAAUAUUUCUAAAUUGAUGAUUGCUGCCGUAAAAAGAUGUUGGGUUGAUGCAGACAUCAAAAGAAUCAACCUCACGGCUGCAUCGUGGUUGGCGCAAUCGCAAA